AUGGAGUCAGGAUGUGGAAGGUGCAUGGGAGAUGAUAGAGUUGAGAGGGAGAAUUACGGAUGCCAUCGUUGUCGGUUAAAUGGAGCGAUUGUCUAUGAUGAGAUAUUCGACCUGCGUGUUCUUUUGGAUGAGCUAUAUGUUGUAUUGGUUUUGAAGAAGUUGGCUAUGAUACGGAAGAAUGAUGUUGAGCGUAUAGUGGCCGAACGUAACAUUUUGAUCACUGUCAGAAAUCCAUUUGUGGUGAGAUUCUACUACUCGUUCACAUGUAGAGAAAACCUUUAUCUUGUUAUGGAGUACCUAAAUGGAGGUGAUCUGUAUUCUCUACUUCGUAAAGUUGGUUGCUUAGAUGAAGAUAUUGUUCGCAUUUAUAUAGCAGAACUGGUUCUUGCAUUAGAUUAUUUGCAUUCACUUGGAAUUAUACAUCGUGAUUUAAAGCCGGACAACAUACUCAUAGCUAAUGAUGGACACAUCAAGCUUACAGAUUUUGGAAUGUCAAAGAUUGGACUAAUCAAUAGUGCCAUCCACAUGUCGACUACAAUAUCAGGACCAGCUCCAUUGGAUUCCUCAGAAAGCACUCAACAGGGUAGAAGAGAGAGUCAGGGUUCUGCUGUUGGGACACCUGAUUAUUUGGCCCCUGAAAUUCUUCUUGGAGCCGGACAUGAUUAUGCUGCAGACUGGUGGUCAGUGGGAGUUAUCUUAUUUGAGCUUAUAACUGGGAUCCCACCUUUCACAGCUAGGCUCCCUGAGGUAAUCCUUAUAUCUUUCCUGCAUCUUAGAACAUUUAUGCUGUGA